AUGGAUGUUUUGAUUAAUAAUUUGGUUACUGAAGCUGUACAUUGGGACCAGCAAGAUAACUGGACCAAGAGAAAGAAGGACCAAACAACAAAACAUUUAGAUAAAUUAAAAAAUACAAUUAGAUCUUGUGGGGUCACAUUUGAAAUUUGGGAAAAAUCCAAUGCAGAUGGCAAAAGAUCUGGCCAAUAUGACUUUACUAGUUUAUUGGGGCCUGACAAGAAAAAAUUAUUGAAGGAACUUCCUGAGAAGCUCACAGGUUUGGUCCGUCCAGAAGCUGAACAUGAUGUGAGAAGCCUCUGGCUUAAAUUUUCCAUAAUAUAUUCCAUAGUCACUUGCAAAACACCCUCACAAGACAUGAUUGGGAACAUUUUUUGUAAAGUACAGGAAUGGAUUAAUCUUUUUGUUUCUCUAGGAAACACAUACAUCGGUUACAGAAGAUGCAAUGUCACACCCUACAUGCAUGCCAUGGUUUACCAUUUACCAAAAUUUUUAGAAACCUACAAAACUGUAAACCUAUUUAGUGGUCAAGGUGUUGAGAAAAUUAAUGACGUAGCCAGAAGCAUAGUGUUAAGAAAAUCAAAUAAUUGGGAUGCCGCUGCAGACGUUUUGAAACUUGAGUCAAGGCAAUUGGACCUAAGAGAGAAAGAACGUAUAAAAAGAUCAUACACUAAAAAAAAUAGCCAGUACUGGGAACAUGAGCUUGAAGAAGAAAGAAAAAAGAGAAGAAAAACAUUAAUAUGA